GAAAAGGAGAAGAAGAAUGAAAAUGGAACUCCACUAAUGGCGUUGAACCACGUGUCCAGACUUUGUAAAAAUGUGGAAAAAUCAGUGGAGUUUUACACUAAAGUACUUGGAUUCGUGUUAAUUGAGAGGCCGCAAGCUUUCGUUUUUGAUGGUGCAUGGUUGUUUAAUUAUGGAGUUGGGAUUCAUCUGGUUCAUGCCAAGGAUAACGAAGACGAUAAAUUGACUAAUCAUACUGAUAAUCUCGACCCAAUGGAUAACCAUAUUUCUUUUCAGAGCGAAGAUAUGGAGGGAAUGGUGCAAAGGUUGGAGAAAUUCAAGAUAAAAUACUUAAAGAGAACGGUAGGAGAAGAAGAGGGAGCAGCCAUCGAUCAACUCUUUUUUAAGGAUCCGGAUGGAUUUAUGAUUGAGAUCUGCAAUUGUGAGAAUGUGAAGCUCGUACCUCAACGUUCAAUUGGUCGAAUCAAGUUCCCUUCUGAUCGUCAUAAUCCUCCUGUUGAAUUGGGAAAUGAUGAUUCCAAAACUUAA